AUGUAGCACGCUCUAUGAUUCUACCAGCCUCGCACGCUCCCCUCCUUUCGCCCUCCCUCCCAUGCCUUCGCUCUCCUCUCCCUCUUCUCUCCGCUCUCCCCCUCCUCCCUACCUUCCCGCUCCUCCCGCCCCUCGCUUUCCUCUCGCUCCUCCCUCGUCCUCGUCCUCUCUGCCCUCCUGUUUUUGGACCUUCCACGUCACUUCAACUUCCCAUUUCAGUCGUUGCCGUAAUCGCCUCCUAA